AGUGCAAACGACGCCCUUGGCCGAGGCGACCAUGCUGGAAAUCAAUGACAUAAUCGAGAGAUCAUCAUUCAGCAACUUAGACAGGCAGAAAUGGCAAGCUAAAGGGAAGGAUUCCGAAGGACAUAAGAAAAGUCCAAAGAGGAAGACCCAGCCCGGGGUGGAGGAGGAAGGCCGGAAGCUGCUGGGCCCCUGGCGGCAGAGCGCCUUCUCCCUGCAACUGGCUGUCAUGCCGCUCCUGGCCGGACGGCAGACCGUCAUGAGCCGCGGCAGCGAGAAGUCAGCCCACAUCCUGGACUGUCUGCUGACGCUGCGGGCGGAAGUCCCCCUCAUGACCGAGGAGCAGAAGCAGGACCUGAACCCCCUGAUCAUAAAGAUCGAGUGUGCAUCCUGCCUGCCGGCACAGCCCGUGCCCAUCCAUGAGCUGGAGAGGCUGUGCAUGCCUGUGUACUGCAAGUAUCAGUUCCAUGAUGCCCCGGUUCACAAGACUGAGGGGGAGCCCCAUGCCACCCACAUUCACUUCCAGGACAUCAACGUCGUCUUCCUCGGCGGGAUGCACCCCAGUGACCUGAGGGAGUACCUGGAAGGCCCCCCCAUGGUGGUGGAAGUUCAUGACCGUGACCGCAAGUCCGAGGACUACUUGCAGAAGCCCAGCGUGUUUGGGGAGGACCCCCUGGAUAUGUCCCUCAACCUGCCUGCUGUGAUAUCCCCUAAGGAGACGGAGGUCAAUCCUCUGAAAUCCAGGCACAAGCUGUGGGACCCGUACGGGGUGGCCCAGGUCAGUUUUGCCGACCUCCUUCUGGGCCACAGGUUCCUGGCCCUGGAUGUCCCCAUCCACAGCUGUGAGCCCAAGCUCAUAGACCCUGUGGAAGACAGCAGCCUCAGGAAGGUUGGGGGCUUCCGGGUCCCCAAAGAUGGCCUCCGCCGUGGCCCGAUGCCCAUGGGCAACUACCUGGAUGCUGGAUCCCAGCUAAAGCUUCGGGUAGACAUCACGGUGCCACUCAGGGCAGGGACCGCUGACCCCGACCUCCAGGGCCCCCCGUUCGGCCGCAUCAUCAUCCUGUUUGACCACAGGAAGACACUCCUGCUGCAGAACGUGCUUCAGGACAUCACCGUGAUUAACGCCCAGGCCCUGGAGCUGGGCUCCUGCCCCAUCAGGAACAUCCAGCAGGUCCUGUCCACCUUCAGGAUGCGGGUGAAGAUCCAGGAGCAGCAGCAGCUGAACGUGCUCACCGGCUUCCACCUGCUGGACGGCGAGCUCCACCUCUUUGUUCUGGAAGGCUUGGCCGACCAGGGCUUGAGGCAGCUGUGGGAGAACCUUCAGCACCGAAUUCCUGAGACAGAGAAGGGAAGAUACAAGGUACUAUACAACUCGCAGCUGCGCUUCCGCUGCCGCCUCUACGGGGACCUGGACACCCUGCUGUGCCAGGUGCACCUCUUCAAGCCGCUGUCGCUGCUCAUGCGGCAGGCUGCGCUCUAUGUGCGUCGCCAGGUGCCCAGGAGCGUCUUCCGGGCGCUGGCCAGGAUCUAUGACAUCUGCUAUAACAGCACCAGGCUCAGGGACGUGAUCGUGGGCGACCUGCUGCCCUCCUCGGCCAUGAUCAGAGACCUGAGCCAGGAGUUUGGGAUCCCCAUCACCCAAGAAGGAUUCUCGGAGGAGGCGCUGUUGGCCACACCGCCCCAGCCCAGCCCCAAUCUGGAACACUUCCGCAGCCGGACCUCCACGCUCUCCACCGAGAUCCACGCCCACCAGCGGAAGUACCUGCAGUGGCGGAACGCGGUGCUGCUGCAGAAGGAAGGCCACAAGCUCAGCCUGAUCCAGAAAAACAUCCAGGAAGUUCGCCAAGCCGGCAGGAGGCCCCCAAAGUCGGCAGUGAAGGUGAUCAGAAUUUCUGCUCCGGCCAACCAGGCUGUCUACAACUACAGCACUCAGACCCUGAACUCUGCCCAGCUUGCCAAGAAGGAGCUGUACAAGGAGAUGGCCAAGGAGCCAGGAAGGAGGUUCACUUACUCCCAGAAUUACCUGUCAGCCACGGUGGAGCCUCAGGACUCGGAGGAGGAGAAGAAGCAAGCCGAGCAGCGGUCCCGCCAGGCCUGGCUCACGGCCAGUGGCUUCCAGGUGACAGGCCUGCGGAGCGGCAGCACUGGCCAAGCCGAGAGCCUCAGGCUGCCCCCCAUCAGAGAGCUGGACGAGGAGUGGAUGGAGAACGCGCUGUUCGCCAACGUGCUGAAGCCCGUGUUGGAUCGAGAGAGAUGGAGCUGGGACCAGCGCCACCUAGACUUUGACCUGUACAAGAAGCCACCGCCCUUCUUCCAGCUGCCCCCACCUGUAGCACUGGGGCCUGUGACAGGUGGGCCUAGCCCCUUGGAGCUUCUGCUGCUGCUGCCAGGGACUUUGUGCCGUGUGUGUAUAGUGGUGUCUGGAUUUGCUGUGCUGAGAACUCAAGGUGGGGUCCGGGGGGGGGGCUCAGGAGAGCUGCACCUGUCACUCAGCUGAGAUGCCAGGUCAGGCAUCUGCCCAUCAAGUCAGGGGGUUAUAGGGACAGUGAGACAUGAUGCUGUGGUCCUUGGCUGGCCUCUGCAUCCCUGGGCCUCAUGGGGAUCUUCCUGCACCCCUCC